AUGGAGACUACGCAUUUCCAGGUGCCCAGUGUACAGUCGUCGGAAGCCAAACCAGCAGCACAACAUGUAUUGAAAGUGGAACCUUUCCGUAUCCCACAACAGCAACAACAACAACAACAGCAGACGUGUUACUCUUCUACAUGGGCUUAUCCACAGCAUUUCCUACCACCCAUUAAGGGAUACAAUCGUAGCUAUGAGCAUCCAUUGAGUAUUGACAAUCCUCAUGAUUCAUUAUCCACGUUGAUUGAUAUUGUAUAUCCGCCUCAUCAAUGCUCUUUAUGUGAUCACGUUUCCACCACAUCCACCGAGGCCAGAAAUCAUCAUCGCGAACGGCAUUCAUCUAUACCACAAUUCUCUUGUCUGCAUCCACAUUGCGACCUCGUAUUCAAAACUCGUGCCGCUCUCUUUUAUCAUGUACAACAAUCCCAUCUCGUCAUUUGCACCACCAACACUGACAACAUUUACACACAACAAGAUUGCAUUUCACCCAUCUCGACACCCGUCGAUACUUUAUCAUCUUCAUCACCAUCACCGAAACCGGAUACGCCAUCAUCAAGGAAAUCAGACGCUUAUUCACCUUCAUGGCGUGUAUCAUCAUUUCCAAGGAUAUCCACCAAUAGGGCACCGCGUGGAUCGAAAAAGAUUACCCUUUCACCACACAUUGACUCACGACUGAAUGCCAUUUAUCCACCAUUACAAUGUCCUUCUUGUCAUCAAAAAUUCAAUCGAAAGACAAAUGUCAUCAAGCACCUUACAGAUGAACACUACGGGGAAGAACCUUAUCGAUGCGUCAUUCCCGGUUGCACACAUCCCAAAUACUAUGCUACUCGUGAAGGACUUGUCUAUCAUACAUUACGUGCUCAUGAUUCGAAUUCAUCAACAAAAACCACUUUUACUGCAUCAUCAACAACAACAUAA